GGGUCACUUCAGCCACGGCCGUCCUAGAUGGGAUGGGGCUCGAGCGGGGCUUGCUCUCGGCGGUGGCUUCUUCCCAAGAGCACCACGAAGCCUCCGGGCCAGCUUGACGCAAAGGGAGCCGAGAACUCGCCUUCGAGGGGCCGCAGGGGCAGCUGGCGCGGCCGGGCCACUCGCAGCCGGAGGACUCGGGCGAGUGGGCGGACAGGAGCCUUGCCCCAUCAGGCCCCGGCCCGCCCCCAGCCCGGUGGCGGCUAUAAGAGCGGCGCGGGGCGCGCCAGGCCUCCAUGCGGGCGGCGCUGGCUGCGGCCGGAUGGGGUUGGGCUGGGGUGCGCUUUGGGCGGGCGCAGCGGCGGUGGCGCUGCUGCUGCUGCUGCUGCUGCUGCCCGGGGCUUCCUGGGGGCUGCCGCUGGUGGCGCUGCUUUCGGCCCUGGGGGCUGCCGCGUGGCUGGCCGGCCGGCCCUUGCGGAUCUGGCGCAGCCCGGAGGCGGUGGGCUACCUGGGCCAAGCGGGCUGGAGCCGGGCGCAGGUGGCCCGGCGAGUGCGCAAGAGCCGCCGCACCGGCCACCUGCCUCCGGUCUACCCCAACGGCUGGUUCUGCUUGCUGGAGUCGUCCCGGGUGGCCCACGGAGAGGAGAACAGUUUGCAGUGUUCAGAGAUGCCAGUGGGCAGUCUUAUGUGGUAGAUGCCUACUGUCCACAUCUUGGUGCCAACCUGUCUGUCGGUGGUCGUGUAAUGGGCAGCUGCAUUGAGUGCCCCUUCCAUGGCUGGCAAUUCAGUGGCAAGGAUGGCAAGUGCACCAGAAUCCCAUAUGCUGAAAAAGUGCCUGAAUUUGCCAAGAUCAAGGUCUGGCCAUCAUGCGAGGUUGGCGGGAUGAUCCUUGUCUGGUAUCACUGUGAUGGUGUCAGCCCAACAUGGCAAGUCCCGGAGCAGGAGGAGGUGGCGUCCGGAGCAUGGGUCUUCCACGGCACCACUGAGCAUUUUGUCAAUGCACAUGUUCAGGAAAUUCCAGAGAAUGCUGCAGAUGCAGCCCACCUGUCCUUUCUCCAUGAACCCUGGAUUAUGAAUGGGGUAGACCUACGACACACAAAGUCUAAAUUUUGGAGGUUCAUGAAGCAUCAUUGGAAGGCAGAAUGGCAGCCAGAGCCAGACAUGCACUGUUCCUGCUUGAUUGUGAAACAUAGCCUAACCAUUUUUGGCAAGCACUUCCCCUUGCUGGAUAUGAUGAUUUCAGCCAGGCAGAUUGGGCCCGGCUUGGUUUUCCUGAUCUUUCAGCAUGAUUUCCUGGGCUGUGGGGUCAUGAUCCAUAGUGUAACACCUGUGGAACCUCUCCUGCAGCAUGUGACCCAUCGGAUUUACUACCAGAGAAGCGUGCCUAGCAUUAUCCCCAAAUUCUUGUUGUGGGCAGAAAGCAUCCAGUUUGAACGGGAUGUCAUGAUCUGGAAUAACAAACAGUACCUCUCAAAGCCACUGCUGGUGAAGGAAGAUGCUGCCAUCCAGAGGCAUAGGCGUUGGUACUCCCAGUUCUACAGUGAAAACAGUCCAAAGUUCCCAAGUCAGAACACAGGGCUAGACUGGUGAAUGCAAUACCUUGCUUGCUGGGCAACUCCUUCUGAGUCCUUUUUUCCUCCACCCAAGUUCAGGUUGGGUAAAAAGGUGCCAUGGACUCCCUUGGUCUUAGAGGGAGGGGGGCAAGGAAUGUUAUAUUAAGUGGUGUUUGCAUCUCAGAGACUUUUUGCUUGCUGUUUGGAUGGAACAGAAACUCUGUUUCUUAAGCUGACACGUGGAACAGCCAGACCUACUUCUUGAAGGAUGAUAUGUGAAUGGAAAGGCCCUUUUACAUUGUUCUGCUGAAGAUGCUUUUUCCAGUUCUGUUUCUGCGGCGCCUGCAUCAUGGAGACGGGAGGCCCCACAGUUAAGGUAGCUCCAGUAGACCCCUUGCAAAGGAGCAGGCCGGUCUCCAACCAAUUACUGUUGGCUUGUGACCUUUCUUCUUGUUCCCUCUAUACAAAUUUGGUUUUUGUGACGUUUUGUGGCCCAGCAUCUGAUCCAUGUGGACAAGCUACUAUUUUGUUUGCUGUGCUAGGGAAAGUCCCUUUGUGGGGUUCCUCUGUGCUGGUUCUCUCUGGGCUGUGGCACGUCUAGCUCAACUCUUUCCCCCUCUGAUGAGAUGGCAAGGUUUGCUCCUAAGCUUUGACAAUCAGCAAAUGAUCCAGUUCCAGCCUAGGGUCCAACUGUUGUUACAUGGCUAUGUGCUUGCCCUGGAUUUUAACUAACAUUUUAAAAAUGGUUAUAUAAAUAAAGUCAUUUUUGUUCUUAA